CCUCCUCACGACAGCUGCAGGUGAAAGUGAAACUAUUACAUCAGGAGCCAUUUUACAGCAAAGCCUCGUUCAAGAAAAUAAACAUAAACAAGCUAAAAACACAGUUUAAGAUUAACUCUUUACGUUCUGACACUGUGUGUUCAUCAUGAAUCUCUCCAGAGAGACAAAAAGUUUGACUCGUGGAGAAUCUCCUAAACCCAGCUGUGUGUCCAUGAAGAGUGAUAGAUCAAUGGGUAUUCCACCUAACUUCAGUUCAGGAGACUGUGAUGAUACAGAUGUGAGUAACACAACAAAUGGAUCUUUCAAAGGGAAGCACAUGGAUUCUGUUUUCCAGGAGCUUGAGCACAAACUCAUCUCUCUGAUGAAGAAAGAGCUGAAGAUCUUCAAGAGUCUACUGAGUCCAGAUUACCCAUCAUGCUCUGAGAGAGAAGAGGAGGAUGAUGAAGAUCAGAUCAGAGUCAGAGAGAUGUUUCUGAAGAUCACACUGAACGUCCUGAAGAAGAUGAAACAGACAGACCUCGCUGACAAACUACAGACCAAACUUGCCCCUGUAUACAUGAAGAAACACAAAUCCAGACUAAAAGAGCAAUUCCAGAGAAUGAAUGAAGGAAUGUCAGCUCAAGGAAGCUCAACACUUGUGAAUGAGAUCUACACAGAGCUGUACAUCACAGAGGGAGGGAGUGAAGACAUCAAUAAUGAACAUGAGGUGAGACAGAUUGAGACAGCAUCCAGAAGAUCAGAGACACAAGAAACACAAAUCAAAUGUAAUGACAUCUUUAAAGUCUCACCUGAACAAACCAAACCCAUCAGACGUGUGCUGACUAAAGGAGUCGCUGGAAUUGGAAAAACAGUCUCUGUGCAGAAGUUCAUUCUGGACUGGGCUGAAGAAACAACAAAUCAAGAUCUUCACUUGAUAUUUCCACUUCCUUUCAGAGAACUGAAUCUGAUCAAAGAGACAAAUAUCAGUCUGAUGGAUCUUCUUCAUCACUUCUUCACAGAUACAAAAGAACUGAGAUCAACAGACUUUGAGGAUUAUAAAGUUGUGUUUAUCUUUGAUGGUCUGGAUGAGUGUCGUCUUCCUCUAGAUUUCUCAAAGAAUCCCAGUUUGUUUGAUGUCAGAGAAUCAGCGUCAGUGGAUGUGCUGCUGACAAACCUCAUCAAGGGGAAUCUGCUUCCUUCUGCUCUGAUCUGGAUCACCUCUCGACCAGCAGCAGCCAAUCAGAUUCCUCCUGAGUGUGUUGAUCUGAUCACAGAUGUACGAGGAUUCAGUGACCCUCAGAAGGACGAGUAUUUCAGGAAGAGAAUCAAUGAUGAGAGUCUGGCCAACAGAAUCAUCACACACAUGAAAUCAUCCAGAAGUCUGUACAUCAUGUGUCACAUCCCAGUCUUCUGCUGGAUUUCAGCCACUGUUCUCCAGAGAAUGUUGAGUGAAGCAGAGAGUCCAGCACAGAUCCCCAAGACUCUCACUCAGAUGUUCACACACUUCCUGAUGUUUCACAUCAAACUGAAGAGUCAGAAGUAUGAUGGGAAAUGUGAGGUAGAUCUUCAGCAGGCUAGAAAGAGUCUGGAGUCUCUGGGAAAACUGGCUUUUCAACAGCUGGAGAAAGGGAACCUGAUCUUCUAUGAGGAGGAUCUGAGAGAGUGUGACAUUGAUGUCAGAGAAGCGUCAGUGUACUCAGGAGUUUGUACUCAGAUCUUCAGAGAGGAGUUUGGACUGAACCUGGGGAAGGUGUUCAGCUUUGUGCAUCUGAGCGUUCAGGAGUUUCUCGCCGCUUUAUUUGUGUUUCUGUCAUUUCUUCAGCAAACAUCAGGAUUCUUCAGCAGAUUGAGAUCAAAUAUGAGUGAUUUACUGAAGAGUGAAGUGGACAAGGCCUUACAGAGUGAGAACGGACACCUGGAUCUUCACCUCAGAUUUCUUCUGGGUCUUUCACUGGAGUCCAGUCAGACAAUCUUACGAGAUCUGAUGACUCAGACAGGAAGAAGCUCUGACAGUAAACAGGAAACAGUCGAGUACAUUAAGAUGAAGAUCAGAGAGAAUCUCUCUCCAGAGAAAUCCAUCAAUCUGUUUCACUGUCUGAAUGAACUCAAUGAUCAUUCUCUAGUGCAGGAAGUACAAACAUAUGUGAACAGAGGAGAUGAGUCUCGUCUCUCUGGAGUCCGUCUCUCUCCUGCUCAGUGGUCGGCUCUGGUGUUUGUGUUACUGAACUCAGAAGAGAAGCUGGAUGAGUUUAAUCUGAGUAAAUAUGAUCGAUCAGAUGAAUGUCUUCUGAGGCUUCUGCCAGUGAUCAAAGCAUCCAGAACAGCUCAUCUGAGUCGCUGUUAUCUGACAGAGGAAAGUUGUUCAUCACUGGCGUCAGUUCUCAGAUCAAACUCCUCAAGUCUGACAGAACUGAACCUGAGUUACAAUAAUCUGCAGGAUUCAGGAGUGAAGCUGCUCUCUGAUGGACUGAAGAAUACAAACUGUAAACUAGAGAUAUUACAUCUGAGUCGCUGUUAUCUGACAGAGGAAAGUUGUUCAUCACUGGCGUCAGUUCUCAGAUCAAACUCCUCAAGUCUGACAGAACUGAACCUGAGUCACAAUAAUCUGCAGGAUUCAGGAGUGAAGCUGCUCUCUGAUGGACUGAAGAAUACAAACUGUAAACUAGAGAUAUUACAUCUGUUUAAGUGCAGUAUUGGAUCUGAAGGUUGUGUUGCUCUGGCGUCAGUUCUCAGAUCAAACUCCUCAAGUCUGACACAACUGGAUCUGAGUCACAAUAAACUGCAGGAUUCAGGAGUGAAGCUGCUCUCUGAUGGACUGAAGAAUACAAACUGUAAACUGAAGACACUGAAUCUGCGUAACUGCAGUAUUGGAUCUGAAGGUUGUGUUGCUCUGACUUCAGCUCUGAGAUCAAACCCCUCACAUCUGACACAACUGGAUCUGAGAUGUAAUAAUCCAGGAGAUUCAGGAGUGAAGUUGCUCUCUGAUCUACUGAAGGAUCCACACUGUCAACUACACAAACUACUUAUUGAGUCUUGAUGGUAACGAUCAUCUACACACCGUGGUGUGGCUACAAGGCCAAUAAGCAGUCUGAUCACAGCACGCAUCACAGUUCGUAUUGUUCUCGGACGGGCAAAUCUAUGCUGAGAAACAAUGUCUGUUCACUGAACUUUUUACAAAGAAACACAAUAUUAUCAGGCCUAGUGCCAUGAGGGGAAAAGGGAAAAUUCCCCCCUUCAGAUCUGAUUUGUGCAGACCAGAGCAUAUUGCUUUCUGUUGCCAGGCAGGGGCGGAUGAACCAUAUGGGCAAUUGGGCGAGUGCCCCGGGGCACCAAGACUUUAGGGGCACCAAAUAAACCAGCAAUACAAAAUAUAUAUUUUUUAUAAAUGUACAUAAGAACUUGUUUUUAAGACUUAAGUCACACAUCUGAGCUAAAUAGGCGUGGCACCGUGUUCGGGAAUACCCCCCACUUUCAGAUAAAAAUGCUUCUGUCCCCCGCACUUUUUCGACACACCUCCGCCAACAUUCUCGCCCGUGUUAUCUGGUUUGUUACAUAAACUGUGUCUCGUUUCGUAAGGCUGCGUCCUUGUGUCCUCCGGAGGUCUCUUCCUCUAAAGCAGGGGUGUCAAACGUACGGCCCCCGGGCCGAAUACGGCCCCAUAAGACGUCCAAUACGGCCCACGGGAUGAUUUGAAAAAUAAUACAAAUAUGAAAUAAAAGUUUAUUAUUAUUUUUUACUUUUUAUUAAAUAAAGUUUAUGGCUAGUUUUUCGCUGCCAUAUUAUGUUUGGUUUUAUUCCUUUUUUAUUUUAUCAUUGAUCAUUUAAUUGGGCUUCUGCCGGAACCCCUAACAAGCAUGCGCAUUCUAAAGCGGCGCCUAAAUUUCGAAAACAUACGGCUAAAUUGCGCGGCAAGGAU